AUGGUCGACGUCGUCUUCCUUAUUGACUCCUCGGACAGCACAACACAAACCGACUUCCAAAAAGCGAUCAUUUUCAUCAAACAAUUUGUAACAGCCGAAAAUGUCGGACCUACAACUAUUCGUGUGUCAGUUGUGUCAUUUGCCGCACAACCGCAUUUAAACUUUCCUUUAGGUCUGCACACUGACAGAACAUCUUUAUUGUUCGCCCUCGAAGGUGUCGGCCGGCUGCAAGGAUCAACAGACACAGCAAAAGCGUUGAACUUUGCGAAAUUGAAUUCUUUUGCCGAUGGAGGCGGCAAAAAAGUUGUGGUCGUUAUUACCGGCGGAAAUUCCGACGAUUUGUAUGAGACGGAUGUAGCAGCCCAGAGUCUUCGUUCUGACGGGGUCACCAUUUUCAGUGUUGCAAUGGGUCAAAGCAGUCUGUUCGAACAGAAUAAAAUUGCCGGGAACCGCGCCAAUAUCAUGACGAACCUUGAUUUUUCUACUUUCCACGAUGCUUUCAAUAAACUAUCAACUUGUUGA